AUGGCAUCCCAGGGCUGCUCCGUGCACUGGAAGGAUCCGUGCAACCUGGAGCCCGUCUGUGCAGUGGGGGGCUCCGUGCACCUCAUGGCCACUCCGUGUAUUGGGGGCUCCGUGCACCCCGCGGCCACUCCACGCACCCUGGGGCUACUCCAUGCACUGGAGAGGUCCGUGCAACCCGGAGCCUGUCCGUGCACCGGGAAGCUCCGCGCACCGCAUGGCAACUCCGGGCAUUGGGGGGUCCCUGCACCCCAGAGAUGCACCUGUCCGCCCCUGCACCCCGUGGCCGCUCCGCGUAUCGGGGGCUCCGUGCACCCCACGGCCACUCCACGCACCCCGGGGCUGCUCCGUGCACUGGAGCGGUCCGCGCACCCCAUGGCAACUCCGGGCAUUGGGGGGUCCCUGCACCCCGGAGCUGCUCCGUGCACCCCGUGCAUUGGGGGCUCCGCGCACCCCGGGGCCACUCCGCGCACUGGAGGGGUCCGUGCAACCCGGAGCCCGUCCGCGCCCCGGGAGGCUCCCGCUUUGCGACGCUGCGUCAAGCAGGAGCACGGACAGGACAGAAAACGCCGGUCCUCUGCCCACGCCGUUCUCGCCCAGCGCCCACCCGUCCUGUCCCACCCCGCGGGAGGGCCAGGCGACAACCAGCUCUGUUUGCAAACAGCUCAAAGUCCUUUUGUACAAGCCUGCGUUCGUCCCGUGUCGAAGCCUCGCCGGGAGCCAACUCUCAUCCUGUCUGCUCCCGUGCAGAGGGAGGUGUUGGAACCAGGUUUGUUUGAACAGACGUUCUGCUUGUCGAACAGGGUGGUAACUAUGAAGGGCCGCCGGGCUGUCACCAUCCGCUCUCAACCUGGGUACAGAGUUUAUGCUGGCUCUGGCAUUCCUCUGACCCUGUGCUGGUUCACCUUGCCACGCAGGCAAAAAAAAGCUCUUUUUGCCAGAUCUCUAGUAAUCAUCAGCACUUUGGAUGGACGGAUUGCUGCACUGGAUCCAGAAAACAGUGGGAGGAAACAGUGGGAUCUGGAUGUGGGAUCAGGUUCUCUUGUGUCAUCCAGUCUCAGUAAACCAGAGGUAUUUGGAAAUAAGAUGAUAAUCCCUUCCUUGGAUGGGGACCUUUUCCAGUGGGAUCGGGAUCGAGAGAGCAUGGAAGCAGUUCCUUUCACAGUUGAAUCUCUUCUGGAGUCAUCCUACAAAUUUGGCGAGGACGUUGUCCUAGUUGGGGGAAAGUCUUUGACGACCUAUGGGCUGAGCUCAUACUCAGGGAAGGUGAAGUACAUCUGCUCAGCUAUGGGCUGUCGCCGGUGGGAUGACGAUGAAACAGAGCAGGAAGAGACGCUCCUAUUGCACCGAACCCAGAAAACAGUCCGUGCUGUUGGACCGCGCAGUGGCAAUGAAAAGUGGAAUUUCAGUGUUGGUCACUUCGAGCUGCGCUAUGUCCCAGAUAUUGAAACUAGAGCGGGAUAUAUUGAGAGCAAUUUUAAAUCAAAUAUGAACAAAGAAGAAACAAAAAUUAUUUCAGAUGUGGAUGAGCAGGAAGCUAUGAUGAAAGAUACAGUAAUAAAGGUCUCGGUAGCUGACUGGAAGGUGAUGGCUUUUAACAAACGAGGAGGACAUCUGGAAUGGGAAUACCAGUUUUGCACUCCAAUUGCUUCCGCAUGGCUGGUUAAGGAUGGCAAAGUAAUUCCAAUUAGUCUGUUUGAUGACACAAGUUACACUGCAAACAAUGAAGUACUGGAAGAUGAAGAAGAUCUUGUGGAAGCUGCUAGAGGGGCCACAGAAUCCAGUGUCUAUUUGGGUAUGUACAGGGGCCAGCUGUAUCUUCAGUCAUCAGUCAGAAUUUCUGAGAAAUUCCCCACUAACCCAAAGGCUCUGGAAUCCAGGAAUGAUAAUGCAAUUAUUCCUCUUCCCAAAAUCAAAUGGAAACCUUUAAUCCAUUCUCCUUCCAGGACUCCGGUGUUGGUGGGGUCUGAUGAGUUUGAUAAGUGUCUCAGCAAUGACAAGUAUUCUCAUGAAGAGUACAGUAACGGAGCACUGUCAGUUCUGCAGUAUCCGUAUGAUAAUGGUUAUUACUUACCCUACUACAAGAGAGAGAGAAAUAAACGUAGCACCCAGAUCACUGUUAGAUUUUUUGAUGACACGAAUUACAAGAACAUUCGCAAAAAAGAUCCCGUUCUUCUCCUUCACUGGUGGAAAGAAAUCGUUGGCACCAUUAUAUUUUGCAUUGUGGCCACAACUUUUAUUGUACGCAAACUUUUCCAUCCCCAUCCUUACAGCAGACUGCGGAAGGAAUCUGAAACACAGUGUCAGACUGAUAGUAAAUAUGAGCCCACUUGUGGAGAUGUUAAAGACACCAGCUGGAGUGACGUCAAGAACUCUGGAUACGUGUCAAGAUAUCUGACAGAUUUUGAACCAAUUCAGUGUCUGGGUCGUGGAGGUUUUGGAGUAGUUUUUGAAGCCAAAAAUAAAGUGGAUGACUGCAACUAUGCUAUCAAAAGGAUCCGUUUACCUAACAGGGAGCUGGCUCGUGAAAAGGUGAUGCGGGAAGUCAAGGCAUUAGCUAAACUUGAGCAUCCAGGUAUUGUUCGGUAUUUCAACGCGUGGCUGGAAGCUCCACCUGAGAGAUGGCAGGAAAAGAUGGAUGAACAGUGGUUGAAAGAUGAAAGCACUGAUUGGCCCCUCAGUUCUCCCAGUCCGAUGGACGUCCCAUCAUUUAAGAUCAGAACAGAGCCAUUUUCUACAAAGGAGCACAUUGAAGUUAUUGCCCCUUCAUCGGAGAGGGUAAGGUCUGUAGGAAUACCCUGUGGUCAGUCCGAUUCAUCCGGAAGCCAGUUUUCUCCUCUGGAAUUUUCUGCCACGGACAACAGGGACUUACACCAGUCAGACGAUCCACUAUUGAACCUUCAGGACAGUGUCCUUACAGGCUGUGAUGUAGAAGACAGUACUAUCAACAAUAACGAGCUGGGUCACUCCUUGGAAAUGCGUUCUUCAGCUGUUCCUGUUGUACACCUGAGGGAAGGGACCUCCUCUUCUAUCGUGUUUGAGGAUUCUGGUUGUGGAAAUGCUUCUAGUAAGGAAGAUAAAAUUGAUGUUUCACAAAAUGAAACUCUUUCUGAGGAUAAGGCAAAAAGUACAAAGGAAUCCGAUAACAAGAAAUCUGCUUCAGGAAGUCCCCUCUCUGUUUCUCCUCCAAGGCCAACAAGUUUAAGCCUGGACCUUUCUAAAAAUAUUACAGAAAAAGUCAAGCCCACCUCUCCGAAGGUGUAUCUUUACAUCCAGAUGCAGCUCUGCCGGAAAGAGAACCUUAAAGACUGGAUGAGCAGAAGAUGCGUGAUAGAGGAGAGGGAAAGGACAGAGUGUCUGCAGAUAUUUCUGCAGAUAGCUGAAGCGGUUGACUUUCUGCAUAGCAAAGGAUUAAUGCACAGGGAUCUCAAGCCUUCCAAUAUAUUUUUCACAAUGGAUGACAUAGUAAAGGUUGGGGAUUUUGGACUGGUAACUGCUAUGGACCAAGAUGAGGAGGAGGAAUCGGUACUUACCCCAAUGCCAGCUUAUGCCAGGCACACAGGACAAGUAGGGACCAAACUCUACAUGAGCCCAGAACAGAUCUGUGGGAACACCUAUUCGCACAAAGUGGAUAUCUUUUCUUUGGGACUGAUUCUCUUUGAGCUGCUUUACCCUUUCAGCACACAGAUGGAGAGGGUCAGGACCUUAAGCGAUGUUAGAAAUUUGAAGUUUCCACCAUUGUUCACUCAGAAAUAUGCACAAGAGUACACCAUGGUGAAGGACAUGCUCUCUCCAAGUCCCACUGAAAGACCAGAGGCUGCAGCAAUCAUCGAAAAUCCUGUAUUUGAAGACUUGGAACUCCCACCAAAACCAGUGCUUAGGCAGAGGUCACGGACAAUGAGUUUAUCAGGAAAUAAGCAUUCAAGACAACCAAGCAAAUAA